AAGCUUUGUGUUCGCGUUCAACCACAGAAGGAGCUUCAUAACAAGCUGAGCGGCAAGAAGGAGCCGCGCUGAGCGCCGAGCGGCGAUGAAGCUCCGAGUAAUGUUGAUAAACUGCAGCUCUCUGACUGAAUGAUUGUCGUAACGAGUGAAGGGACAAAAUCUGCCCCGCAGCAAUUUGCAAAUACCAUGAGUGGAGAUUUUCCACCCGUCUUCUAGCUCAGCUAGGUUACAUAACUGAGCCUGAUAUGGUGUUGAUGCUAGGUUAGCUUGUUAACUAGCCGCGUAGCUAGAAUGCAAACUGUGAAAGCAAAAAGCUUCAGCUCAGCUGGUAUAAAACAGCUCAGUGUGGGGCUCAUAUUUGCGGAAAUUAUAAAUCAGUGACGGUCGAUGUGUUUUUUGGUCUUUUUUGCAUAACCCGGUGUUGAUAAAGUAGCUAGCUGACUUCUACGUAAGUUAACUAACGCUAAGUGACUGCAGGAUGGCACACUGGACCAAAUUCGAGAAAGAACUGGACCAAGAGGUGAGGAAACUGAUAGCGCAUAUGACCGGCAUUCAAGAUGAAGAGGACCAGAACUUCCAAUUGGCUCUCAAAUUUGCCUGGUCAAAUUUCAGGUUUCACCGUUUCUUAGAUGUCAGCAGCCACAAAGUACAGCGCUCAAUAAAAGGGAUCUAUGAAAAACUCAUGGUGCACUCCGACCUGAGUAAGGCAGAGAGUUGGACGCGACUGACGGAAGAAUUUCUGAACUCACCUCUUCCUAAUACUGAGGGUACCAUGACUGAUGUCCAUCAUGGUGUAUUGGCCUUGUUACUGUUGCUGUCUGAUUCUCCAUCCAACACUACCUACAGCGAAAGGCCCAGAUUGAAAGAAUCAGAAAAAGAGGACAGUUUUGAUUGGGCUAAGUACUUAAUGGAAGGAGAAGAUAUUGACACGGGCCCUUUUCCAGACACUCCGGAGUGGUCAGAAGAGGAGAGUGAGGAAGAAGAAAGCCAGCAGCCUAUCAGUAGAGAGGAUUCUGGGAUACAGGUGGACAGAACGCCACAGGAAGACCAGGAACGGAACAAUAAGACAGUACAAGUCACUUGGACUGUGGGUGAGCCAGAUGCCCGUGCUUGGCUGGAGCUGCAUGUUGUAACGCCGUACUGGGUCCCCCACUCACCCCGUUUUCCACACAGUCUCCAUUUGCACUCUAACCUGCUCAACGUCUGGGAUCAGCAUCUUUACAACACUGACCCGCUGUACCUGCCUGAGGAAAAAGCUUUUGUUACUGAAACCCAAGUUAUUCGAGAGACUUUAUGGCUGUUGUCAGGGGUAAAGAGGCUUUUCAUAUUUCAGCACCAUGAUGGCAAAGUAAGCGUGAGGAAUGACGUGGUGGUCACCCACUUGACCAAUAAUUGCCUUCGCUCAGUGCUGGAGCAUAUAGCAGCCUAUGGACAGGCGGUGUUCCGUCUACAGAGGUUCAUUGAUGAGGUGACUGGUCACAGUGCAGAGCCAUGUCCUCCUGGGCUCAACUCUUCCUCCUCCUCAUCGUCCAAGAAGAACUCUGAGCCCCCAUUCAGAACCUACCAAGCCUUUGUGUGGGCACUGUACAAGUACUUUACCAGCUUUAAAGAGGAGCUCACAGCCAUUGAGAAAGAUAUAAUCGGCAGAGAUGAGACAGUGACUUUGUCCGCUGUGUUGGAAAGACUCAGCCCUCACCUGGCUCAGAUCACAGUCUUGCACAGAGUUUUCUGCACAGGGGUGGCUGAGGUCCCCCCUGGCACGCCAAAUGUGGUACGAGCCUCACAUUUACUCAACACGCUCUACAAGGCCAUCAUUGAGUAUGACAGUGUGGGUGAAGCUUCUGAGCAAUCGGUGGCGCUUCUCUUCUCACUCUGGGUUGAAACAGUGAGGCCAUACCUUGAGAUAGUGGAUGAAUGGAUUGUUCACGGCCACUUGUUCGACCCAGCCAAAGAGUUUAUAAUCCAGAGGAACAAGGAUGUGCCUGUGAAUCACAGGGACUUCUGGUACGCCACCUACACCCUGUACAGUGUGUCUGAGGCAGUGGAGAGUGAGGAGAGGCUGAGUGAUGCUGCCAGUGGAAGCUCUGGAGGAGAGCAGGGCUCCAGCAGCAAGCAGCACACAAUGGUGUCCUUCCUCAAGCCUGUCCUUAAGCAGAUCAUCAUGGCAGGAAAGUCCAUGCAGCUCCUGAAAAACUUGGACUGCAAGGAGGAAGAGCAGGCUGAUGGAUCUUCUAGAGAUGCCGAAAGGAAAAGUCUUUAUACACUCUUUCUGGAAUCAGUGCAGACUCGUCUGCGACGUGGAGAAGAGUCACCCACAGAUACGGUAACGGAGCAACAAGCCACAAAGAGAAGCCUUAUUAAGAUGCAGUCCAUCGUGGCCCGUCAUCUGGAAAUGGAUGACAUCCAUGACCCCCUGCUGGCCAUCAACUUUGCGAGGUUGUAUUUAGAACAGAAAGACUUUCAUGAGAAGUUCUGUGGUGGUGAUGUGAUUGUGGACCGUUCAUCAGAAUCAGUGACAUGUCAAACAUUCGAGCUGACACUCCGCUCCUGCCUGUAUCCACACAUUGAGAAGAGAUACAUUGAAUGCUGUGGCAACCUCAUGAGAACGCUCAAAAAGGACUACAGGCUACUAGGAUACCUUCAGGCUAUGAGAAACUAUUUCCUUUUGGAGGCCGGUGACACCAUGUAUGACUUCUACACAGCCAUCUUUGACAAGGUGCUGGAGAAGGAGAGCUGGCAGCAGCUGGCGUUUCUCAACGUGCAGCUGCAGGAGGCUGUUGGACAGCGCCACCCAGAGGACAGCAACAGAUUGUCAAUCUUUCUGGAGACAAUCGAUCCCACAAGGAAAAAACAGCCAAUCAACAACCUUGAUGGUCUUACAUUGAGUUAUAAGGUUCCAUGGCCUGUGGAUAUUGUUAUUAGUUCCGAAUGUCAGAAAAUCUACAAUCAAGUUUUCUUGCUCCUUCUACAAAUAAAAUGGGCUAAAUACAGUCUGGAUACACUGCGAUUCAGUGAUUUGACAGCAGCUGCUAAGAGGCAUGAAGGAGGCCAGUCUGAAGAGUACACAGCCAGAGAACCCAUAAACCAGCAGAUCCAUAGGAUGUUCCUACUAAGGGUCAAGCUAAUGCAUUUUGUUAAUAGUCUGCACAACUACAUUAUGACCAGGAUCCUACAUAGCACAGGCCUGGAAUUUCAGCACCAAGUACAAGAGGCAAAAGACCUGGACCAGCUCAUAAAAAUCCAUUACAGAUAUCUGUCCACCAUUCACGACCGCUGCCUUCUGCGGGAGAAGGUAAGUUUUGUCAAAGAAGCCAUCAUGAAAGUCCUUAAUUUGGUUCUCAUCUUCUCUGACCGAUGGCAGGCUGGCUUUGGAGCAUGGAAAAUUGAAUCUAUUGACAAAAUGGAGUCGGAUUUCAAGAACUGUCACAUGUUCUUGGUGACCAUUCUAAAUAAGGCCGUCUGCAGGGGAUCGUUUCCUCAUUUGGAGUCCCUUGCUCUGUCUCUGAUGGCUGGUUUUGAGCAGUGCUAGAUGACUCUCAACUGCAAACACAGCACACUGGUCCAGCUGUUGACUGCCAUGCUGUAUGAUUCCUUCUGUACUGUUUGUCUCUGCCAAGAUGUCUGAUGUCAAAGCACAUAAGGGGCUGAUGGUCAAAACAACAGCUCUUCUUUAGUGUGAAGGGAGCUGUGUUUCUGUGUCUGUAUAAAGGCCACCUCAGUGAAACAUGGAUAUUGCCCGCACAUCGUGAUGUUGCUCUCGAUGUUUUUCGAAUCAAGACUGAAGACUUUUUCAUUUGACUUCUACUUAAAGAGCACUUGGUCACUGUUGCGUGCUGUGAAAGUUGUAAAGCAUUUAUGGUCCCCAACAAAGACAAUACAGUGUAUUAAUGCGGAUUGAGUACAAGAGGUAUUUUGCUGGUUGUGUGUUUCUGUUCAAAUAGGGACAUUAUUCUUUGUGAAACUAAAGGAUGUAUAAUGCCUGUACAUGUGUAUAUCAGCUAAUUAUUUGCUUGUAUGUAUUGUUACUGCUGAAAACUGUAUUUUUCUUCAUUCAGUGACUAUUUGUGUGCAAUAAAAGAGCCGUUACUCUAAAA